UCCAGGUGCAGGCGUGGUCUGCAUCCAACAUGGCAGCUGUGGAGCGGGAGGAGGGGGAGGGGAUGGAGAACACGGAGGUGGAGUCUGUGUCGUCGGGACCGGGACCGUCCGUCUCCACAACUCCCUCCAUCGUCACGCUGGAGGAUCUUCUGGCUUCAGACGAUAAAGUCAUUUCAGGCACCCGUAGCCCCAGCAUCAUCACCUUGUCCAGACACUCCAGUGUUCUGGAGGACACAGAGAGCAUGAAGGCCAGCCUUUCUGCUGCACACAAGAAGAUAGAACACAUGAGUGAGCUGCUGCAUGAGAGUGAAGCCACCAUCAUGCGACUCAAUGAACAGACUAAGGUCCUGAAGAACGAGAUCCGUCGUCUGGAGCGUAACCAGGAGCGAGAGCGCGCCGUGUCGAACCUGGAGUACCUGAAGAACGUGCUGCUGAAGUUCCUGACGCUGUCGUCCGGAGACGAGAAGCUGCAGCUCAUCCCCGUCCUCACCACCAUGCUCACCCUCAGCCCUGAGGAGAAACAAGCCCUCACCACCAUGGCACAGGAGAAUUUUGUCUUCAAAGAAGAGAGUUGUCUGACCUACAUGCAUGCCAUGGACCCAAGACAGAUCCGGCAGAACUGGUCCGACGAUUCAUUUGCAUACGUGCAGACACCGUCUGCCUAG